AACACAGAAAAACUGUCUCAAAAUAUUUCACUUAAAAAGAAAAGUGCGGGGAUGGUAUUUUGUUUUGGAACUCAAAGACAGUGAAUCACUUUAAAUGCUGCAUAGGUGUCCAAACAGAUUUUGAGGGCUCUGUAUAAAUGUCGAUUGUAAAACCCUGCAGGAAUUUGGGCAUUAUUGUACUGGCAAGAAAAGCGCAUUUUAUCGUUUAGUAUGCAAUUUGUCUCUUUGAUACAGGUCUCUUCAUUUUAAAUCUAGUUAAUGUAGGCUAAAUGCCAGUUCAACUAUGCGAUAAUUGCAUUUUGCUGGGGAUACACGUUUAUGAACGACCUAAACAUGCCAUGAGACGUGUUUACACCCGCAAACUCGGUGUUUGGACAUCGGGUAGGGAUGUAAACAGAGGUAAAAUAAUUUAAGACACACAAACCCUUGGUAGUUCAAACAUUUACUCAAAACUCUCCGGGGAUGCGUGAUUUAAUUACCGUGAGGUUCCGCCCUCGGAGUUCUACGAUUGGGCGCCGAGGUGAGGAGGCGUGGCAGGGCUAUCCUUUGUAUAAAUGGACGCACGCUCCGCUGUUUGACAGCCAAAACAAACUAGAUGCUGUAGAGAACCGCGCUUGCUAUUCAGCUGCAAAUUCGAACGCAUUUGACCUGUUUAAUCAAGCGCUGUGAUGAAGUGACCAGGCGACAUUGCUCACAUGCAAGCGCAUCCUUUGUUUAGACGAACGGGAGCGGGUGCGUGCAACUGACCGAGGAUGGACUCGCCUGUGCGGGGGUCCCACUGGCCCUCGCUCGCGCUCUGCGUCCUGCUAGCGUGGAGUUCCGCGUGCGCUCGCGAGCCGGUCUGUCAGGAGAUUUCGGUGCCAUUGUGCAGAGGGAUCGGUUACAACUACACCCACAUGCCCAACCGAUUCAACCACGACACCCAGGACGAAGCCGGGCUCGAGGUGCACCAGUUCUGGCCCCUCGUGGAGAUCCAGUGUUCCCCGGACCUGCGCUUCUUUCUUUGCAGUCUGUACACGCCCAUUUGCCUCGAGGACUAUAAGAAGCCUUUGCCGCCGUGCAGGAGCGUGUGCGAACGGGCGAAAGCGGGAUGCGCGCCUCUCAUGAGGCAAUACGGCUUCCCGUGGCCGGACCGAAUGAGAUGCGAUCUUCUCCCGGUGCAGGGAGAUCCGAACACUCUGUGCAUGGACUACAACAGGACUGAUGCUACGGCGUCACCAGUUGCUCCGAAACCAACCGGCCGAACGGGGAAGCCGUACAAACGGAAAAACAAAAGCAGUCAAGGAUCUUCUCCGUGUGAACCGGAGUGUCACUGUCGCGCGCCUAUGGUGACCGUGACCGGUGACCGCCAUCCGUUGUAUAACAGAGUAAAGACCGGGCAGAUCCCCAACUGCGCGAUGCCAUGCCACAACCCCUACCUUUCCCAGGAAGAAAGGACGUUUGCCACAUUUUGGAUCGGAGUUUGGUCGGUUUUGUGUUUCUUGUCCACUUUCGCCACCGUUGCCACUUUCCUCAUCGACAUCGAGAGGUUUAAAUACCCCGAGCGCCCGAUUAUUUUCCUGUCCGCCUGCUACAUGUUCGUGUCCCUGGGGUACAUCAUCAGGCUCAUCGCGGGCCACGAAAGAGUCGCGUGCAACCUGGAUAACGAGGCGGACCACGUCCACUACGAAACCACGGGUCCCGCGCUUUGCACGCUCGUGUUUCUGCUCAUCUACUUUUUCGGGAUGGCGAGCGCCAUCUGGUGGGUGAUCCUGACGUUCACGUGGUUCCUCGCGGCCGGGAUGAAGUGGGGGAACGAAGCGAUCGAACGAUACUCGCAGUACUUUCACCUGGCCGCUUGGCUCAUCCCGAGCGUCAAAUCCAUCGCCGCGCUCGCGCUGAGCUCGGUGGACGGGGACUCGGUGGCGGGAAUCUGCUACGUGGGCAACCAAAACCUGGAUAACCUGCGGGGGUUCGUGGUCGCGCCCCUGGCGAUUUAUCUUUUUAUCGGAACGGCGUUUUUAUUCGCGGGCUUCGUGUCUCUGUUUCGGAUACGGAGCGUCAUUAAACAAGGGGGAACGAAGACGGACAAGCUCGAGAGGCUGAUGGUUCGCAUCGGGGCGUUUACGGUGCUGCACACGGUGGUCGCCGUGGUGAUCGUGGCGUGUUACGUGUACGAGCAGCGCAAUCGCGAAGCUUGGGAGGUCGCGCACGCGUGCAGCUGCUCGCCGGAUAAAAAAGCUCGCAGGCCGGAUUACGCGGUGUUCAUGCUCAAGUAUUUCAUGUGCCUUCUGGUGGGGAUCACGUCGGGCGCGUGGACGUGGUCCGGUAAAACUCUGGAGUCGUGGCGAGCCGUGUGCACGCGCCGCUGCUGCGUCUGGGGCGGCAAAGGCACGAGCGGGUCGGUUUACAGUGACGCGAGCACGGGGCUGACCUGGAGGUCCGGUACGGCGAGUUCGGUUUUGUGCGCUCCAAAACAAAUGCCACUGUCCCGAGUGUGAAAAAAGCGAAGACUUUAGAAGAUAGCUGUCACUGUAAUAAACAGCCUGCUUUGACGAAAAGCAAAAAAAAAGAGUGAAGCAAAACUAAAAGGCAGUCAUUAAAUCACAGCUCAAGCGUGCGUUUGAGGUCCUGAAUGUGCCUUUAAUGGUGUCCAUACGGGUUUUUAUAUUUUCUUAUGUAUUUAUAUUAAGGUGUCAUUGCUAAAACAACGACAUAGAAUGUUUAUCAUUUAUAUAUGAUUGUCUGUAUUUAUCAUUCACUCUGACAGAAAACUAUUUUGAGAAUAAAACACUAUGUGAAAUAACCAAA